GGAAUUCCAAUGCCCCGCCCUUGUCCGUGACUCUAUCGAUGUAAAUUAUAAGGGUAUUCCUGCCUGACUCAUUUAUUUCGACUCUUUAGCUUGUAAAGGCAGGCGUUAUAUUUUAGAGUUAUGUUAGCCUUUAGUUGAACUGGGGCACCAGGUAGGUACUUGUAUUUUGAGCUUGGAUAUCGAACUAAGUUAUUUCACAUGCCCCGGUGAAAGCGAAAAGCGCAUCCUCCUUUGGCUAGUUCAUCGCCAACUCUGUUUAGCUGAACCAAAGCUCUACCAGCAGAAUACCCACAAGGAGAGCUAGUUGCUAGAUAAAUACCCAGCAGCAACGCUCCCUCAUUGAACGGUUCACGCUACAUUGCCAUCCGCUUAUAGGGAGUCUUUAAAGCUGCUUAUCGACGGUUCUAGUAACAUAGUAUUAGGGUAAGGUAGCAGAUUUUAAGGCGAUCUAAGCACGGUUGGAGAAAAUGGGACUGCUUUUCGCGAAGUUGAUGACUGUGUUUGGAGACCGAGAGCACAAGGUGAUCAUAGUGGGGUUGGAUAACGCUGGAAAGACAACAAUCCUCUAUCAGUUUUUGACCAAGGAAGCGGUUCAGACAACUCCCACCAUUGGCAGCAACGUUGAGGAAAUAGCUGUGCGGAAAACCCGGUUUCUGGUGUGGGACAUUGGCGGGCAGGAGAGCCUGAGAGCCAGCUGGGGUUCCUACUACUGCAACACAGAGAUCGUCAUUUUGGUGGUUGACAGUACCGACCGUGAACGCCUGACUCUAACCAAAGACGAGCUCCAUCGGAUGCUUGCACAUGAGGAGCUGCAGAAUGCCUCCGUGCUGGUCUUGGCCAAUAAGCAGGACAUCAAGAACUCCAUGUCGGCGGCGGAGAUCUCCCAGUGCCUCACCCUCAGCUCCAUCACCACCCACUCCUGGCACGUCCAGGCCUGCUGCGCACUCACCGGCGAAGGGCUUCUACAGAGUUUGGACUGGAUGAGGUCUCGGGUGCUGGCCAGUUAACCCCCUCUGGGAGCCCAGAUGUUCCCCCUCCUCCUCCUCCUCACUCCAUAAAGACAAGCCAGCAAUCAAGCAUAUCUAUCUCCCUCUGGCUCAGUGAGCUAGCUUUACCACACAACUGGACCAUGCCUACCUAUGAACUUUUUCGUGGGAAUACAAGAGGAAUUAUGUAUGUGUGUGAUUGUGUGAUUGUGUGUGUGUGUGUGUGUGUGUGAGAGAGAGAGAAAGAAUGAUGGGAAGGAAACAAAGAAGUGGACUGAGCGAAGAAAAAAGAGGACUUUGACUUUGUUUACAUACUGGUUGUUAUGUGUGCAUGCGGGUAUGUGUGUAUGUAUAGGUGCGAAUGAGGGUGUGUGUAUGUUUGGCUGGGGGUGUGUGUGUGUGUGUGUGUUUGUGUGUGUUUGUAUGUGUGAGACACCGUUCUAGUGGUCCACAUUGUUUACAUAACAAAACCGGGGUGUUUUGACCCCCAAUGGAAAUGACGAGCAGUAAGGACUGGGAUGCCACUGCCCCGCCCACAGUCACAUUGAUGGAAGAGUGCCAUUGGGUCAGUGCGCAGGUGCUCAGCGGAUUGGUCUGUCCGAGGACACUAUUAUGACAUCACAAUUGGACGGACCGUCCACGGAGGGGAAACCUACCAGAUCUGCCACUGGUGCUGCAAUUAAGCUAUCAAUGAACCAUUUUACUUGAAGUAUUUAUAGGGAGCUAAUUUGCAUUAUACAAAUGAGUAUUUGAUCAUUGUUUGCUGGCAACAACAGACAUUGUUUUUAGCAUUAGUUGCUCAUGUUUUUUUUUCCUUUUUCUUUUUUUUUAAAAAAGAAGUAUUAUAUUUUGUGCAAAAAAUCAUUUUUGUACAAAUAAAUGUUAAUCAGUGCUACGACUGUUAA